UUCGCGUUGCCUAGGCGACCAGCCGGGCAAGAUGGCGUCGGCGAUUCGGGCCGGAGCGCGGCUCAGGCGGGCGGUGGAAAGCGAGGAGCUGUCCGGGCUUCCCGCCACGCUGCGGGACGAGCUGCGGGAGGCCGUGGCUUCCAAAGGCUCCGUGGUGCCCUUCAGUUUGCUGCGGAGGCUGCACAGCGGGCUGCGGGAGGCAGGAUCCCCGCUGUUCCUCUACGAGCUCCUGAGAGACAGCGACAUCGCCCUGCCCGAAGUGCCGGUGCAGCCGCGGAACCCCGAGCUGGUGGCCAGGCUGGAGCAGAUAAAGGCUAAGCUGGCCAAUGAGGAGUACCGGCGGAUGACCCGCAACGUCACCAGGCAGGAUAUGAACCAUGGGACAUUAGCUGAAUUCGGGAGGCAAGUUCGCUCUGUUAAAGCUGUAGUCGUCACCAUAUUCAACUUCUUUGUCACCGUGGUGGCUGCGUUUGCCUGCACAUACCUGGGCAGCCAGUAUCUCUUUGUGGAGACAGCGGCGCGUGUCCUGUCAGCAGUGAUUGUGGCCUCGGUGGUUGGCUUGGCUGAACUGUAUGUGAUGGUGCGCACGAUUGAAGGAGACCUUGGGAAACUAUAGCCACACACAUCCCCUGCAAUUGAGGCUCCUGCUGGAGGCUGUUGCCCACUACACGAGCCAUUUGUUUGGGGCAUCUUAUCUCUGGACUGUCCUCUAGUGGAUGUUACCACCCCGGCACACAGGAGGUUACAAGCUGUUGCUGUCUCAGUUACUCUGUAAAGUUUCUGUCAUUUUAUUAUAGAAUUAAGUAACAGUG